UAAUGUUUGAGGAGUGUUUGACGUCUCAGAAGAGGAUCUCAUUGAAACCUCCCGGAUACUGAACGACCUGGAUAGAGUGAUAGGGAGAGGAUGUUUCCUAUCAGUAGGUGUAGCGUGUCCGAGACGGAGCCACCAUGUACGGCCUGUACCUGGAGGCCGUAAACGAUUACAUCAAUGAGUCCUACGGAGAAGAUGUAUGGAGGCUGAUCGAAGCUCGAGCAGAGAUCCCUCACCUCAAGUUCGUCAAACACCAGAUGUACAAUGACAACCUCAUCCUCCGCAUGGCAAAGGCCGCCGGAGAAGUCCUGGGCAAGACUCACGACGAGCUGAUGUACGCGUUUGGGGUCUACAUGGUGAAGCGGAUUGGGAACUAUGGAUACGAACGGAUUCUCCGGGUGCUGGGCCGGAACGUGCGGGACUUCAUCAACGAGCUGGACAACCUCCACGAGUAUUUCCGCUUCUCCUUCCCCAAGGUGCAGCCGCCCAGCUUCUGCGUGGAGGAAGAGUGCGAACGCAGCCUCACCCUCCACUACCGCAGCACCCGCAAGGGCUUCACCCAGUUUGUCAAGGGGCAGUUGUCGCAGGUUGGCCGCCAGUUCUACAACACGGACAUCGAGGUGGAGAUCCUCUCCAAGGAGGAGACAGAGAAGAUGACGUACGUGGUGUACAAGAUGAACUUUGACAACGCGGCCUUCAAGCACCGCAGGCCGCAGCUGAGGGCGGCCCCCGAUUACGAGAAGCUGCCCAUGAAGAAGGGCAUCUUCUUCGACAUGUUCCCCUUCAGCAUGAUCUUCCGACGCGACAUGACCAUGUCCAGGAUCGGCGAUGGUCUCAAGGAGGUCUUCUCCGACCUGCAGGGCAAGAAGGUCAACGACGAGUUCACCCUGGUCCGACCCAUGCUGGAGUUCAACUGGGAAAAUAUCUAUACCCACCUCAACAAUGUCUUCGAGCUGAUGUCCAAGGCUGUGGUUGAGAGCAAACAGAAGCUGAGUGUAUCCAAUACCGACAGAAAUCCCGAGGAAGACCAGCAGAAUAAAGAGAUGCAGGAUAACGGGAACAAGGACAAGGCUCCUGACUACGUAAGUGGGACCCCGAAGAAUGUUGGGGGUGAGGAUAUCGAGCUGCUGGCGUUCCAGACUGUGACAGGGAAAUACAGUGACACCAUCUUUGAGGACAUGCGGGAACCCUCGAAGAAACCGCUGCACCUGAAGGGACAGAUGAAGUACGUGCCCCAGUGGGAUUCCCUCAUCUUCCUCGGCACCCCCAUAAUUGAGACAGUGGAGGACAUGAUCAAGAUGGGGGUUUACGUCAACGACCUGAACCUUCAUGACUCCAGCCGGGAACUGAUCCUUGCUGGAACACAGCAAUCUGCCGAACUUCAACUUGCUCUGGACCAGGAGCAACAGAAGUACGCGCAGCUCCAGGAGAUCAUCAAGAAGCUGGACGAGGAGAAGAAGAGAGGAGAUUCCCUCCUCUACGCCAUGAUCCCCAAAGCUGUGGCCGACCGCCUCAGGAAGGGCGUCACUGCCCUCGAAACCUGUCAGGUCUUCCCUGAUGUGACUAUCCUCUUCAGUGACGUGGUGAAGUUCAACGAGAUCUGUAUCCACAUCACCCCGAUGCAGGUGGUGGAUAUGUUGAACGAGAUCUACAUCGUCUUCGACACACUGAGCGAGAAGCACAAUGUUUACAAGGUGGAAACUAUCCGGGAUGCCUACAUGGUGGUUGCUGGUGUCCCCAACAAGACCACAUUCCACGCCCAUCACAUUUGUGACAUGGCCGUCGAUAUGCUCAGCUCAAUUAACCACCUGAAGGACCCUUCCACUGGGGACAAUAUCCAGAUUCGAGUGGGGAUUCACUCCGGGAUGGUGGUAGCUGGUGUGGUCGGUUUGAAGAUGCCGCGGUAUUGCCUUUUCGGAGACACGGUCAACACCGCCUCCCGGAUGGAAAGUAACGGUGUGGGAAUGCAAAUCCACAUCAGUCAAACCACUAAGGACCACCUGGAACACGAGCCCUACAUCAUCGAGGAGCGGGGUAAAAUCUUCGUCAAGGGUAAGGGAUACAUGAAGACGUAUUGGUUGAAAGGGAAGAGGACGCAGGGCUUCACGAGCGAGUAUGGCAAUGAGUUAAAUGAAAACAGCAUCUCCAGCCGGAGUCCAAGGGACUCCUCCCAGGAGCUGGACCCCGGGGAUGAGGCCGAGGAGACCCCCCAUUCCUCCAGUUCCUAUGAGGGCUCUGAAGACUUCCAGGAGCUCAGGAAGAGGGUGAGGGCCCCACAGAGGAAAGAGGCGUCGCAGCAAGCUGUUGCCACGGAGACGGCGCCGAUGACCAGGAUGAGAGCACAGCCAAUCACUCGCACCCUUGCACCCAAUGCCUACCUCAGGAGUGUGACCUGUGUUCUGAUUUGAAGGCAGUUUGGCUCCCCACUGUGUUUGUUGCUCGGUUGGAAAAGGCCAGGAGGGCGGCCACCUUGAUUCUCAGCCCCACCGUCCCAUUGAGCCAACAUCCCCAUCCUUCUCCCCACUCCCUUCGUACCAUCAGCUCUCCCCAACUCCAAAACACCCAGAACCCCCAACCAGCAUAAACCAUCUCCCCUCCUAUAUUUGUACAUCCGAAUCCCCCUGCACCCCAUCUUGUCUCUGUAACACCCUUCCUCCUCUACACCCAUCCUUAUCUCUGUAACCCCUCUAGCCCCUACACCCCUC